AUGGAGAGCUCUGAAAGGCCUCCGCCGCUGUUGCAGCGCCCAGAGAGUUCUGGCAUUGAUGUCCUAGAUUUCUCUUUCAGCAAGCCUGCCUCACACAAGCCCUCGUACUCGCGAAGCCUGGCCAAGCAACCACCCAUGCCUCAUCAUGCAAUCGAUAAUUCCCGUCCUUCAAGGGAGCCCAUGGGAGAGGGCGACUAUCAGAUAUCAAGGCCAGAUACACCUUCCAAUCAGUGCAGUGUUGUGAAAGAAGGAAUCUCCACGGCACCAAUUGCCGCGGGACAACCUAUAUUUACUCGGCCACCAAGCCGGCUCUCGACAGCAGCCGGACCCAACAAAGACAGCGGCAGUCGAUCUACACCUAGACAUCUAGAUAACCCGAGUUUCAGAAAAAAUCAUGAAGUCAUUAUUUGCCAACCAAAGAAGCCCACCGGAGCUGAUAUCCCCAGGGAGACAGUUGGCUCUGCAGGAAGCGUUGUUGGCCUAAGUGCAAAGCGUGUUGUUGACAUUGACAAAAUGGUUGAAGCUGAACCUGUCUUGUCUGAGCCACCCCACGUACAAGGGCCUCAUAAAGAGGGGCAAGAUAUCCCGGAGAACCCAUGCUCCCGAGUUCCUCUCAUGCCUGUACACAAUCAGCCCCAUACGUCGACGCGACGUCGUGUCUCCGAGAAAGAACCGUCUUCGAAACAACCGGCCCCGCUCGUUGGUGGCAAGAAUGGCGUUCAGCUCAGUGAGGAUCAUCUUUUCGAGCUUCUGAUCACGAAAAUGAGACAGCGCGAGGAGAGCGAGCAAGCAGCUGCAGCCAUCCAACGGCAACUCAAGAAUGAGAACAUGGCCUUGAGGGAGGAUAAUCUCAACAUGCAAGACCGCCUAAAAAGAUGCCAAGGACAGCUUGCCAGAACAUCAAUCGAGUCAAGGUCUCAGCGAGCACAAAUAGACAAGUGGAAGGCAAAACUUGGUACCUUCAAAGGUGUCCUUAACGAACUUGGCCGUGAAUAUGACACAGUUCGGGAGCAAGCCACAGAAUUGAAAGCAGCAACAAUAUCUCUUGGUAGAGAGAAGAGCGAGAUCCAAGACAGUUUGGACGAGAUCAAGUUGAAGCUUUCAAAAAGUGAGGAAAUCAUGCGGAAUCAACGGGAAAGGCUUUCAACCUCCGAGCACACGGUUGCCAACCUGAGAGAAGCUUUGGAUCAUUCAGAGAAAAGGGGCGAUUUGAUCAAGUUGCAGCUAACCAAUGAGAACAAAAGAAUCGCGACUCUAGAAGCCUACAUUCAAAACGAGUCUCAGAGCCAAUCGCGGUGCUUGGCCCUUGUCAGAAACGACCAGCGCAGGAUGGCCGAGAAUUUUGACUCUGCCUGCGAGCUGUUCACCACAUCUUGCAUCAAAUCCCAGGAUGAGAUUUUGUCGAAACUGAGUCCUGCGCUCGAGCACUGUAUUGCUUCGGUUCAGACGUUGAAAGAGCAGUGCUCGUCUGAGGUCACCAAUGUCCAAGCCUUCACCAGCAGUGUUCAGGAGGUAGCAUCUCGUUUCAACUCCUUGGCUGGGCAGGUCACAAGCGAUGUUGACCGAAGCACAGAAAUGAACAAAAAUGUGUUCCAAGCCCUGCAAGAAGCCCUUCGAGCAAUUGAAAGCAACAUUGGUCCGUAUUCGUCGAUUUCCAAACAGCUUGCUAAUAACGAGAGUUGCUGCGGAAACUUACAACAACAGCUUCAAAUUUUUGAGCCAAUGCUCGGUAGUCUUGAAGCUUCUAUUAAGGCUGUAGGAAUGACAGAGACAGGCCUUGUGUGCGGUCUAGAAACUUUCGGUCAGAAGCUUUCCGAGGCUCAAAUCCCAGCAGGAAACCCUGUUCUGGAGAUGGAGGUUUCCAAGAAAUUUGCUGAGAAUACGCAGUUGCAACUGCAACUACAAGAAAUCUCACUUGAGGUCGAAUCGCUUCGAAAACAACUUGCAAGCAAAGCGUCUGAGAACGAACAUCUUCAGCAUGCUUUGACUGACGCCGUCACUAAUGAACAAGCAUCCAAAAGUCAAAGCUCCCGGCUGGAAAUUGAAAAUACGGCCUUGCAGGGUGAACUUCAAUUUCUCGAGCAGAGGAUCCGAGAAGAGUUGGGCGCCGCAAGUACCAAAUUACAGGGUCAGAUGAAGGCUAGAGUUGAAGAACAAGUCCAAGGCCUUGAGACCGAAAGGGCGAGGCUAGAAAAUUACUCCAGUAACCUUCAGGCGCAGCUUGCAAAUGUCCAAAGAUCUUUGAUCGAAACAAAAAGGACAGCCGAGGAUGAGCGACUGGAAAAGGCCUCCAUGCACCAGGAAUCACAGAAACGAAUUGAGGCGCUGGACGUUUCUUGCUCAAAAUACAUCACAGAGGCCAAGGCCAUGGAGACUCGAUCACAAUUAUUGAAAAGCUCCGAAGCCGCUCUCUUGGCGGAAAGGGAGAGGCUCCUUGAACAGCUUGAGCAAGCGAAGGUAAAGACAAUCGAGCUUGAAGCGAACUUGGGGAUGAAGACCGAGUCUGCAGCAUUGAAAGAGAAAGCGACACAGGAGGCAGAAAGGAGGGCUCAGGUACUUGAGCUGGAGACGACUCAGAAGACUGAAGAGCUUGCAACGAUGAAAAAGACCGUUGCCAUGCUCGAAUCACGGUCAUCGGCUUUGGAAAAGGUAGGAGAGGAGGCUGACGCUGAGAUAAUUUCACUCCUCCGCCGUGCUCAGGAAGCUGAGAAUUGGCAAGCGACUAUAAGAGAAGGGUUUGCGAAGGUGAUCGAUGUACCUCCCGAUGAGCCUUUCGAACAAACAUGGCAGAAACUGGAAGACAUCAUUCAGUCCCCGCUCGCUCAGCUGUCUAUCACUGGCGAUACGCCUUGCACCAGGCUUGAUGGCACGGCGAGUAUGGAGGGGGCUGAAGGUACUAAUCUCACAAUAGAACCAAGAGAAAGCAGACAUGUUGAUUCCUUGGACACUGAUGGAUCAAACAACAAGGUUCGCAAGCCCGUUGAUCAGAUGCAGACAGAUGGACAUCUAGCAUCCAAUGAUCUCAGCCCCCGAAGGCUUCGAAACAUGGUGAUUGUGCUGACUCGCUGCCAAAAUUCCCUGCUGGUCACAGUCAUAUUCCUCCAUGACAGGCUUUCACGGGAAGAUAGUCUCUCACUUUUCAACGAUCCAGCUGAGCUCGAAAUGCUCCUUAUGUCAACUCCGGAUCUUCAGGGACAUUCGACGACAGGUGAUGACCCCAAGAAGAAUCAAGAACAGCAAAAGAUUGAGCCUUUGAAAAUGAAUCGAAAUACCAAUGAAGCUGACCCAGUUUUCCGGAUGGAACCUCCCCGCGCUGAUGACGGCACAACUGAAAGACCCCAGUCCGCUGUUGAAAAUGUCGAUAGUUCGGUGGUUGACAAAUCUGCCAACAACCAACAAGCCAACAUCAAGCGUAAAGUAGUCAGCUUCGAGGGUACACGGGUUUUCACCAAAACAGAGGUUGGCAAAGCUAGACGAAUGUCAGACGCAACGGACAACAGCUCCGGUAGAGAGUCUGAAAGCAAGGAAGUAAAGAAAACGCAUAAACGGACUUAUAGCCGCCUUCGCCAGUCCAUAGCACAGGAGGAAACCUCGAUCGAAGCAACUUCAGAAGGGCAGCCCGCCAGCAAAACUUUAGUGGGAGAUUCACAACAGAGCUCAAUGAAAAAGACUGGGCAUCCUUCAAACGCGCACCCAAGGCCACCGAAAAGACCUCGAAACGCAUCCGAUGGCCCGGAACGACGGCUGAGUCCGAAGGGCUUGGCUUCUGGUAGCAGCAGGGGAAACGCAGCCGGCCAAGCCAGCAUUUCGCGAGGCCGCGGUAAGCGCCGCACUCGAGAAGGUGAUCGCUAUAAUGAGCGCUUCAGCCAAGAUGUCGGCUGA